AUGUCUUUGUUAAGUCCUUUCACUUCUUUUAUUUUAGCUUUAGGUGUUUGUUUUGUCAUUUCCACAUGCCACUAUGGUGUUAAUGCUAAUGAGAUCACAUCAAAACUAGUAAUUGAUGCUGGUUCUGGAAGGCUUAUUCCAGAUACAUUUUUUGGAGCAUUUUUUGAAGAGAUUAAUCAUGCGGGAGCUGGAGGAUUGUGGGCAGAACUUGUGAAUAAUAGAGGUUUUGAAGCUGAAGGUUCCAUUAAUGGGAACUCGAAUAUUCAUCCAUGGACAAUUAUUGGAGAAAAUCAAUCAUCCGUUAUUGUAUCAACAGAAAGUUCUUCUUGUUUUGAGCGUAAUAAAAUUGCAUUACGUAUGGAUGUUCUUUGUCAUAAAAAAUCUUGUCCACGUGGUGGUGUUGGUAUUUCCAAUCCUGGUUUUUGGGGAAUGAAUAUCGAGGAAGGGAAGAAAUAUAAAGUAGUGUUCUAUGUUAGAUCACUUGGUCGAAUUAAUUUACAAGUUUCAUUUGUUGGAUCUGAUAAUGGUGUCAAAUUAGCUUCAACUAAAAUAAGAGCUUUUGGAGUUAAUGUUACAAAGUGGAGUAAGAUGGAAAUAAUUCUUGAAGCCAAAAGUACUAAUCACAAUUCGAAUCUACAAAUAACAACAAACAAAAAAGGAGUAUUAUGGUUAGAUCAAGUCUCAGUCAUGCCUUUAGAUACAUAUAAGGGUCAUGGUUUUCGAAAUGAUCUUUUUCAAAUGGUGGCAGAUUUAAAGCCAAAAACUUUUAGGUUCCCAGGUGGUUUUUAUGUUGAAGGAGAUUACCUAAAAUAUGCAUUUAGGUGGAAAGAUACAGUUGGACCAUGGGAAGAGAGACCUGGCCACUACAAUGAUAAUUGGAAGUAUUGGACCGAUGAUGGAUUUGGUUAUUUUGAAGGGCUUCAAUUAUCAGAGGAUCUUGGUGCAUAUCCAGUAUGGGUGUUUAAUAAUGGUAUUAGUCAUCAUGAUGAAAUUAAUACGUCUGCAAUUUCACCAUUUGUACAAGAAGCUCUGGAUGGUAUUGAGUUUGCUAGAGGUUCUCCAGAAUAA